AUGCCUGACACUAGUGAGUUUAGAAAGACAACUCGCACUGUAGAUGCUGUUUCGCCAAGAAGCUCCAAACUCUCGACGUUAGACUCAACUAAAGAUGUCUUAAAGGUAGUUUACGAUGUUUAUGAGUCGCAAUGGACUGCAACUGAUAGCUCGUUGGUGAACUUCGUUUUUCUACAUGGCAGUGGCAUGAAUCGUAAAGUUUGGGACGACUACGUUGAUAAACUGAACUUACCAGCAAACAAGAGGGGGUGGAGAAUUGGAAAGGUCGUGCUUAUCGACCAAGUAAAUCAUGGCGACUCGGCUGUUUUGAAUGAACCAUUGUUGGGUACCAUCUACGACUGGAGCGACGGUGCAAGAGACGUGUGUAAGAUUUGCGCGGACGAGUUUUACAAUGGAAGCCGCAAAAACGGGACCUUUAAUGUGGUUGUGGGACACUCAAUGGGGGGAUUCCAAGCUCUCUGCUGCUCAGUUUUGUUCCCUGGCAUCUUUGAUACCGUGUUAUGCAUUGAGCCUGUAGUAUGGAUGAAGCGAGUUCGUAAUGCCGGCAACGAUGAUAUCACCAUUAUGUCCCCUACCUUCUACAAAGCUCUAGCUGCCACCAUGCAAGACGAAUUCUCAAGUCAGCAGCAUUUUGACAGGUAUUUCGACAAGUCAAGCCUGUAUGCUGCUAGUGAUCCUGUCAUCAAGAAGCGCGAGCGACAAUUCGAGCUACAAAAGCUAACAGAGAAUGUUUUUAGGACCAAGACCAACGCGCGACAACAUAUGCUAACGUACCUUACGUUAAACCCCACUGCCACAUGGCUGAUGAAAUCGCUUCCUUUCAUAAACUGUCCUGUCGCCUGCAUUUAUGGGAGUAAGUCGAAAUGGUGUCCUCCAGAAAAUCGACACUACUUGCGAAACCACAUUAAGGGCUACCAGGAAGUUGAAGUGGACGGUGGGCAUCUCAUAAAUAUCGAGAGUCCUGCCAGUGUGAUUGGCAAUAUCAACACAUCUUUAAGCAAGCUCUUACCAAAGGAAACAGAGAAAUCUGGACUCGACGCUGACGCCCGGCAAUCGAAGUUCGACAGCGACUACAAGACUCUGCUGAAAGAGAGGGUUAUGAAAGGUACCCCCAAGCUUUAA